CCCAGGUUAGGCCGGCUUGUUUCGCGGCUGCGUUGGUUUACGAGAAGAGGUCCUGACAGAUCCGUGGCUGAGGUUGUCCCAACCCCAGCACACUGCCUGUGACCGUGGAGACCGAGAACCGCUGCUCCCCCGCUCAGGCGGCCAUGCAAGACUGGAGGAAAGCUGUCUUCCAAACUCCCCUCACAUACAAAAUGGGCAACUCGACGGUGCGCCUACAGAGCCGCGUGGUGGCUGGUCUGGUGGUGACGGCGGCGGUGGUGCUGCUGUACCUGCUGCUGCAGCGCGGUCGGCAGGGUCUUACCGUGCAACCGUGGACGCCGGCCGGCCCGGCGGGACCCAGCGGGUGCAACACCACAUACCCGCUGACGCGUCCGGUGGCCACCAAGACGGGCGGCGUGCGCUACCGGGUGGCCGUCAUCAGUGACCUGGACACGGGGUCACGGCGAGGCGCCGCGUGGGUCAGCGUGCUGCGGCGAGGCUGGCUCUCCUGGGACGAGCGCCGCCGCGCCGCCGACGUCUGGUGGGACGGGGAUGACGUCACGCUGACGUCUUCACUGGCGCAGGGCGGUCGGGGUAUGGAGCUGUCGGAGCUAGUCGUGUUUGACGGUCAUCUGCUCUCCGUCGACGACCGCACCGGGGUGGUGUACCGCCUGACCUCGGGUCAGGCCGUGCCCUGGCUCAUCCUGGCGGACGGCGACGGCGCCGUGGCCAAGGGCUUUAAAGGGGAGUGGAUGGCGGUGAAGGAUGAGCACUUGUACAUUGGCGGCCUCGGGAAGGAGUGGACCACGACCACGGGCGAGGUGCUGAACCACAACCCGCAGUUUGUGAAGCGCGUCUCGUGCGGCGGCGGCGUGGAGCACCUGGACUGGCAGCCGGUGUACCAGCGGCUCAUGGCGGCGGCCGGCCUGGUGGCGCCGGGCUACCUCAUCCACGAGGCGGCCGCCUGGAGCCAGCGCCUCCGACAGUGGGUGUUCUUGCCGAGGCGCGCCAGCAGCGAGCGGUACGAUGACCUGGCGGACGAGAGGCGCGGCACCAACCUGCUGCUCCGAGCCGACGCACAGUUCGCUGACGUCCAGAAAAGCCUGGUCGGCCCUGUCAUCCCGUCGCACGGCUUCUCCAGCUUCAAGUUCAUUCCGGGCACGGACGACCGCUGGCUCGUGGCGCUGAAGUCGGAGGAGGACAGCGUCGCCAACCGGACAAACUCGUACAUUACAGUUUUCUCCGUUGACGGAGAGGUGGCGCUACCGGAGACGCCGCUCGACGGACACAUGAAGUUCGAGGGCAUCGAAUUUGUUUGACCCCGGAGUGCAGCGUCGUAAACUAUUUAAAUCGCUUGCUUCGGGUGUCACACACGCUAGGCGACACUCCAGUGCACCAGUGCACUUCCAGUGUGCGGUCGCUAUUGGGUGUCUCGCUGUGCCAGUCCAAGGUGCAAGGCACGUCGCGGUGCGCCUCUCCCCGGGAGGCAGGCCGUGAACGCAGCGGCCUUUGGUAUGCUUCAGUGUGAUGCGUGCUUCGCGGGAGGCGAGCCACUCUGGUGCAGCUCCAGCGCGACGGUGCCUGGUGGACCGAGUGAGGGUAGCGGCAGGCGGAAGGGACCCGCCGCGUACCGCUGGGGGUUUU